CGAAAUGAAAAAAACGUUUGCUACGAUCGGAUAACCGAGCACAAAGUUAAGGUGGUUGGAAAUUUCAAAGAAGUGGUUCGAGUCGAACCACUUCAGCCCCACAUGGUUCGAGACUUAUAUCAUCGAUCUACGUGUAGAUCGAGUCUCCUAGACUCGAACCGGUUAGUAGUUCGAGUUUCUCAAACUCGAACCACUCAAAACUUAGGUAUUUUGGGAAAUUUUUUUAAAAGUGUGGUAGUUUAGGAAUUUGUUUUAGUUUUAUAUGUAUUUAGGGAAUUAUCCCUCAUAAUCAUAAUGGAUGGUCAAACCCGCUACCAUGCUCAUAUUGAUAUUAACAAAAGCUUUCAUAUUAACAUUUCACACGAAUAAUAAUGGAACUCUCCACUCCGCACAAUUAGCUCCUCUCCUCUCCUCUCACUAAACGCCUUUUCUCCAUGGAGCUGCUCUCCUCUUCCUCGCGCUAUCUCCUCCCAAUUUCAGGUUUCCUCGUAUCACUUCUCCUCCUCUACAAACUAAUAAUCCCCAUCAGGAAUCCCAAAUCCAAAACACCUCCCAACUUACCGCCGGAGCCACCAGGCGGCCUCCCAAUCAUCGGCCACCUCCUUCACUUCGCCAUCUCAAGGAAAACCCUGGCCAGAACCUUCGCUGACAUGGCGGACCGCCACGGGCCGGUCUUCUCCGUCAGGCUGGGCGUCCACCGAGUCGCCGUGGUGAGUGAUGCCGCAACCAUCCAGGAGUGCUUCACCGCUCAGGACAGGGCUCUGGCUUCUCGGCCGAAAUCCAGCCAGGCAGAGCACCUGACUUACAACUACGCCGGCUUCGCCGCAGCUCCCUACGGGUCGUACUGGAGGGACGUUCGCAAGGUCGCCGUCACGCAGCUCCUCUCCGCCCACCGGCUGAAGUCGCUCCGCCACGUUCAGGUGUCGGAGAUUGGGAUGUUGAUGAAGGAAUUGUACCUGCUCUGCCUCCAGGGAAACGACGAGCCCGAAAACAGGGGAGGUGGUUCUGUUGUUGUUGUGAUCAGCGAGUUGUUUCAGCAGCUGACUUCUAACUCGAUUACUCGAUUGAUCGCAGGUAAGCGAUCUUUCGAUUACAGGGGUAACAAUGGGGAAGACGGAGAGCGAAUCGGGGAGCUGUUAAAGGAGUUUAUGCGUGUAUGCGGCGAGUUCGUGCCAUCUGAUAUGCUGCCGUUUAUGCGAUGGACGGAUUGGCUUCCUGGGCCUGUCAAAUCCAUGAAACGCAACGCGCUGGAAUUGGACGCGGUGAUGCAGAGCUGGGUUGAGGAACAUAAGGUGAAGAAGAUCAGGCGGCCCGCAAACAAUCCGGAAGGAAGUAUCAGCAACGAACAUAACGAUUUCACAGACGUGAUGCUGUCGCAGAUUGACGAGGAUUUCUGCCCAGAGUAUUCCCCUGAAACCGUUAUCAAGGCAACCGCAAUGACUCUAAUCCUAGGCAGUGCCGAGACCACCUCCGUCACCAUGACAUGGAUCCUGUCCAACUUGCUGAACAACAGACGCGCGAUGGAGCUUGCGCGACAAGAGCUGGACAACAAGGUUGGCAGAGCUCGGCUAGUCGAGCCCUCGGACAUUGACAAGCUCGUCUACGUUCAAGCCAUCGUCAAGGAAACGCUCCGGCUGUACCCUGCCGCGCCCGUUGGAGUCCCACACGAGGCGAUCAGGGAUUGCAACGUUGGCGGCUACCACGUCCCCAAGGGCACCCAUGUGUUCACCAACCUGUGGAAAUUGCACAGGGACCCAAACGUGUGGUCCGACCCAGAUGAGUUCAAGCCGGAGAGGUUUAUUGUUGCCGACGGCGGCGGCGGCGACGACGAGAGUUCCAGUGUGGAUGUUAAUAAUUACCACAAUAGUUCGUUUGGGCAAAACAAUUUCCGGUUCAUGCCAUUUGGGGCGGGGAGAAGGUCGUGUCCAGGGAUGGGGUUGGCGCUUCAAGUUCUGAAUCUGACACUAGCGAGGUUGCUUCAGGGUUUUACCAUUACUACUCCGGCGGGGGAGGAGGAGGCGGUGGACAUGGGAGAAGGAUUGGGGUUUACUUUACCUAAAGCCACUCCGCUCAAGGUUCGGAUUGCUCCUCGCCUCCUUCCCCGACUUUAUGAAUCGUAAGAUUGUUGGAUCUUCACCUUCAAUAACCUAUCAUUGGUGGAGCUUACAUGAUGGUAUCAAGUUUUCAUGUUGUUUUAAGUAACUAUUCACACAAAAUUAUGGCUCGUUUGGUUUUGGUGAUAGUUAAAUUAGCGUAUUGUCAUAAUGCAUGCAUAAGAAUAAUAUACAUGUAUAUAAGAAAAUUGGUGUAUCGUA